GAUUAUCACUUAUAAUUGGUGAAUUCUAUUGCUAUUGAGUGAGUCAUUUCCACUGGAAAAUGACUUUGUUCAACUCAAUUACUAAUUUAUCAAAUAGUAAAUGUUUAUAUUGGAGGUAAACGAACUGAUUCGCUGGCGAAAUCAUAAUGGAAUAACUUUAAUUUACGCUCAAGCGCCACGAUGAACARCCGCAACAACACAAGUAGAACUCACUCUAAAGGACAASUUGCAGGAAGRAAACCUCUCUCUCCAUUUGUCUGCGGAACGUUUAAAGAUUUUCAGGCUGAACGAGAUUAUCUUAGGAAYGAUAUUUUCCCMCAGCUUGAUGCUUUAUGUAGGCAACGUGGACUAUCGUUCCUUCCUGUCGAUUUACAAUGGAAUUCAAAGCAAGGGCAAGCAACAAGUGAGCAAAUACUACGUGUCUGUUUGGACAACGUUGAACGUUGUGCACCGUUUUUUAUAUGUAUGUUAGGAGAWCGUUAUGGCGUGCAUAGACCAGCUGAGAGUGAAGAGCAAGACGAAGCAACUUUACAAUGGUUAGACAAGAACUUUGAAACUGCUGCAGCAUGUGGUUACGAAUGGGUUAACGAAGAGGAAUACAGAUACAGUAGUUUGACUGAACUAGAAGUGGUCCAGGCAUCAUUUCGUAAGAAGUAUGAUUAUGGCUACUUUUAUUUCUGCAAUCCUGACAACAAUGAUGUCCAGUUACCAGCAAAUCCAGCUGAAAAGAGUAWACUGCUGUCAGAUCACCAACAUGAGAGCGAUUAUGCAGCAAGAAAGCUGAARGAAUUGAAGCAACAGAUUAUUGAUACAGAACUACCAGUUCGCAUGUUCAAAACUCCCCAGGAGCUUGGAGAGCUUGUACUACAAGACUGGACUGCUAUCAUUAAUUCAUUAUACCCACAAAUCAGCCCAACUGUCUUCCCAGACACCAAAUCAGAAACAUUUCGAGAGUGGUCAAAUCAUGGAGCAUUUGCAGAAUCCCGGCGUAAAAUCUUCAUCAGGUCACCAAAGAUUAGAGAGAUUCUGGAUAUCAUCAAUGUACAUGCAGAGAAGGACCAGGGUAUUAAAAGAAAGACAAGCAUGGUAUUGACUCAUGUAUUACUGAGUACAUUUAUGACAAGUAUUCCUGGUGGUGAAACAGAUUCUUUACCAUCAGUUCUUGUUCUAACAGGUGAGCGUGGAUGUGGAAAAAGUGCGCUGGUUUGUAAUUGGGUAAAACAGUUUUCCACAGCCAACCCAGAAGUAGUAGUCAUUUCUCAUCACGUUGGUUGUGAGGCCACAUCCUAUGACGUCACCAAUUUUAUGUGGCGCUGUACAAAAGAACUUCGUGCUCAAUAUUUGAACUCGGAUUUUACUGAAAUGGAUAUCAACAACACAGCUAACUUUGGCCGUGUAACUGAAGCCUUCAGUGCAGCCGUUAAGCUUGGCCCCAGUGUUAUAUUGAUUGAUGGUGCAGACUCAUUUGGUAAAUCACAUGAUAAACCGGCUCAUGACGUCAAGGAACUUGAUUGGCUGCCUUCAAUAUUGCCUGAUUACUGCCGUGUGAUUGUAACGACAGUGACGUCAGACCUUACAUACCGCUCUUUAAAGAGGCGUGGUGAUGCUUACUUUAUAGAAAUCAAGAACCUUCUGRAUACUAAAGCACAACAGAGACUCCUGAAUGAGUACGUUGGACCCAACUACAGUAAAUUCAUGGACGAUCAAUACUUUGCUAAAAUUUCCAGCUCKUCUYUAGGACAUUUGCCAUUGUAUUACGUAUCCAUUGCAAACGAGUUGCGCGUGCUUGGUGCGCACAAGGCCGCUGAUCGACAAAUUGAGACCUAUUGUCAUGCCACAACUAUAUGUGACUUGUGGAAGUUGAUUUUCCGACGUUGGACGCACGAUUAUGGAUGGUUGCGCCCUGUAGCAAGUCGUAGCCCUGUCCCAUCAAUCAAAACACAGGCGUCACGUGAUCGUAUGAACAGUGGUUGGGUGGCAGACGCAUUGAGAUUGAUAUCUGUUGCUCGUAAUGGAUUGACAGAGAACGAGAUGCUAGGCGCACUAAAGGCUAUGGGAUAUGCUAACAAUUUUGUUAUUAGUAGUGCAUAUUGGAGCAUGCUCCGUAUUGUGGCCCAGAAUGCCUUUCUAGAGCUACCGUCAGGCGUAUUGACGUUUUCACAUAACGCCAUUAGAAGUGCUGUUGAUUUAGCAUUACUUGGUAACCUCACCUCCCCCUCAAAAGAGCGCUUGGUGUCCGUCUUCAGUGAGACCUGGGAAAGACAAAAGCAGCAAUGUCACGUCGUCUUGUCCAAUUUUUUCACCGUAGAGCCGCUAACGCUACGUAAGGUGGAAGAAUUACCAUGGCAACUUAUGGUCAGCGGAAAUAUGGAAGAGUUGAGGAAAGCUCUAUCUGAUCCUGCGAUGUUCCUCAGACUUGUCCAUAAUAAGAGAGAUUCGAGCUUGAAUCUUGAUUUGAUGUGUUACUGGGACACUUUAAUCAAGCACAAGCUUACGCCUCAUGUUUUACUUGAGGAAAUGGCUUCAAAUGUUCAGGAUAGACUUUCCGUUGACAUGCGCACUGCACRAACUGACUCUGCUCAUGCGUAUUCAAGCAUCAACCAGUACUCUGUCGUCGAAAAGAUUUGUGGGAAAUCAGAAGAAGACUUAUUAACGCCAAUAGAAGUCGCUACAAUCCUUUUUCAUAUCGGACGCUUUCUCAUGAACGAUGAGCAYUCMACGGCUGAAAGGUAUCUCUUAUCGGCUUACAAGAUUGGGUACCCUGUGGCUUCUGUGCAAGAUAUGGAGCUGAUAUGUGAUAUACAAAGCACGUUGGGCGACUUUUAUAUAACCAUGUUUGAUACCAAUAAUGCUGAUAUAUGGUAUAAAAACGCCAUCAAAACAGCUAGUGAGAUGACUGGUUUGACUGACAAGACCAAGAAAGAGGCAACAUUGGGCCGGUUGUUCAACCAGUUGGCCUUUGUGCACAUGGGCAGUAGUAUUCCUAGUGGACCAGUAGAGGAACGGCCACGGUCCCGACAUCCAUCGCGAGGAUCGAAAAGUUCAUCAGCUCGUUCCAGGYCUGAUACUGGAGAAGCUCGGUCUCAUCAGACCGUUAGGCCAUUGCUGGAGAGGGCGCUAAAUCAUAUGRAACUGUCGCAUUGUUUUGAAGGAAUAUCCAACGUAUACUUCCAUAUGGGAUUGCUAUCGAUGAAACAGCAUCUAUGGUCAGACGCUAAGGAGACUUUACAAAUGGCAGUAGACAUGCGCAGAAAAUGGUUYGGAAAYACCCAUCCACUGGUCGCCGAAGUCAUUGAUGUCAUGGGAACGCUGUACUGGAGUGACGUCAGUACUCAACAUGACGUCACCGAGCCAGAGAAACUUUAUCGAGAGGCUUUACGCAUGCGCGAGGAGACUCUCGGUACUUCGCAUAUUCACGUUGCGAGUACGUUGUUCAAACUUGGUAAACUCUUGUACACUAAAGACACAAAAGAUGCUACUAAAGAAGCUCGCCARCUUUUUCAACGAGCUCUUGACAUUCGCUCCAGUAAACUAGGCGUCUACCAUUCCUCGACAAAAGCUGUCAGACGUGCGCUGAUGAACCUGGAAACUACUGACGUAGCACUGCAGUUUGGAACGUCAUUGGCUAUCAAGGAAAAGCCAUUGGUGCUGCUAAGAGAUUAUAAACAGCAGCUAAUAGCGAGAAGUACAUCAUCUAGACUAUCUAUUAAAGGGAAAUCGUCAUGAAUAUGCGACUAAUAUACCGACCAAUCCCCAAUAAUCGACCACCAUAAUGCAUUGUCCCAAGGAAUCGUGUCUUUAUGCACUAACCCCGACAGACCAAUCAUCACAGUCGCGUCUAAUACAUCAAAUUAAG